CCAGCCUAACCUAUGCACGGCAUCGGUUGUCUGUGUGUAACAAUGCCUUGUGUAUUGUCCCUGCUAAAUAAACAAAACAUUUAAAAUAGAGGGGGUCCUGUCCCGCCUAUGGGUACCAAUGAUGGAUGUGCUGUUUAUUGUUAUGCUUCGCUUUCAGUCACGUGUCGUUUCUGAGAAUCUGUAUUUAGUGCUUGUAAGCGAAGGGCCUGACGUCAGGUUUCGACUCGCAUAGCAGCGGAUUGGUACCUUUACACCCGCCCACACUCACUCAAAACACAAAGCAAUCCCUUUUCUCCUUUUCUCCGUGGUCUUCGAGUCUGCGACAUGCUGAAGCUAAGCACAUGCGCAUCGAGCGAACUGGAAAUUUAACGCACUUGACUGCAGUCGUGCAGUCGUUCUGUUGUCGGUCCAUGUACGCACGGAUGGAGCGCUUCCAUUACACAGACGUCGGGCAGAUUUGAAGGCACCGGCCGAGAUGCACCGUGGCUGCUGUUACCAAGCGCCGAUCUAUAGUGAUACCGGCCGGGUUUUAUCAUGGUUUUCAGACGGUCUGCUCGGAGAAUGCGGUGGUGGGGAUGUUAUCGGAUGGGGCCCAUAUGGAAAGCACUCCUGGUAUUUGUUGUCAUCGCUUUUGCCGGACAACUUCUGGGAGUCAUCUUCAACAAGAGCUGGAUGCAGCCAGAGAGACCUCACUCCCUCUACUCUCUUCCCUCUGAGAAUUCCCAAGGGGAGUCUCUGGGGUCUUGUCAGCCCAACAUCCACAUCAUGUUCCUGAAGACUCACAAGACAGCAAGCAGUACUGUUCUCAAUUUGCUCUAUCGCUUUGGAGAGGAGCGGGGCCUUAAAUUUGCCCUGCCCAUGGGGUAUCAGUUUGGCUACCCACUGCCCUUUAUCGCCCAGAGGGUGAAAGGAUACAGAGGCCCUCACGUGGCAGAAUUUGACAUAAUGGGAAAUCAUAUGCGGUUCAACAAACCAGAGGUUGAGAAGGUCAUGCCAGCUGACACCUUCUAUUUCUCCAUCCUCCGAGACCCUGUGGCGCUAGCUGAAUCCUCCUAUGCAUACUAUAAAAAUGUUGCCCCUGCCUUCAGGCGUGUCAAAGGACUGGGUGAAUUUGCAGACAACCCCUAUAAGUACUACGACCCCAGACUCCGAAACAACCAUUAUGCCCACAACCUGAUGUGGUUUGAUUUUGGUCUGGAUCAUACCUCCAACUUCAGCCUUGCGCUGAUCAAGCGUGGUGUGGCAGCAGUGCGUCGGAACUUCAAGCUCAUCCUUAUCUCAGAGUAUUUCGACCAAUCUAUGGUGCUGCUCCGCCACGCUCUGUGUUGGCCGCUAGAUGCUGUGGUUUCUUUUAGCCUGAACGCCAGGCAGCAAAUGCCCAGUGGAAGAUCAAGAUGGGUGGGCAAGGCUGCAGCUCCAGCUCCUUUGGCAUUAACAGACAAGCAAAGAUUGAAAUUACGUGAAUGGAAUUCACUAGACUGGCACCUUUACCAAGCUUUUAAUCUCACUUUCUGGCAGGAAGUAGAGCGCUUUGGGCGCAGUCGGAUGGAGUCUGAGGUGGCCUUGCUUAGGACCAAACGGGAGGUUCUCACUCGCAUCUGCUUGCGUGAUGGGGGCCGCCCCAUAGAAGCCAGUCGCAUCCGGGACAAGACCAUCCGCCCUUUCCAGAGUGGAUUAGUGAAGAUCUUGGGUUACGAGUUGCAGUCGGGACUAGACAGUGCCACGUGGGAAGCUUGCCUACGCAUGAUCAGGCCUGAGAUACAGUACAAAGACUUGCUGGAUCUUCGGCAGUUCCCUCGAGCCCAGCAACCCCCAGCCGCUGGAGGGCUUCCAGUAAAGAGAGAGUCCUCAAUACUCAGGACUGAAGACCAUGGGGGAAAGAUGUUGAUGGAGAAGGACUGGGAUGGGACCAUUCUGUUUCGGAAUCAAACAUUAGAGCAGGUUGAUUCAAAAGUAAGACUUAGAUAGUGAACUAGUUGCACCUUUUUGCCUCAAGGUCAGUAGUUCUGACCCAUUCUGGCUCCUUAGGCCUCUGUGCUGCACUACUAGAGGAGAAGGGAUAUCCAAGACAUACAACAUACCACUUUGUCAUUGACUCUUCCUUCCUCCAUCUUGCCCUUCUACAUUCUACUUUAUAGAACACAAAAAUUCAGAGUGAAGAAGUGGUUUGUGAGUAGUUUACAGUGGCUGGAUUGAUAUAAUGGUACAAACAUGCCAGAUGGUGGCUAAAUGCACAAGCUCGCUGUUGGUCAGUUUGAUAUUAAGAAGAAGUGAGAAAAUGCUGCUUCCCUGUCCAUGAUGAGCCAUGGUAUGGUUAAAAAAACGUUGCAGUGCACAUGUCAUGUAAGUGGUUGCAGUGUUUCAAACAUACUGCUAAACCCCACUUUCAAAUAGAUAAAGUAUCUUUUGUACGUUGGUGUUCAAAAGUUUGAGGUCAAUAAGAUUCUUUUUGAAAGAACUUAAUACUUUCAUUGAGCAGGGAUGCAUUAAAUUGAUUAUGAAGUAAUAGUAAAGACAUUCAUUAUGAUAAAAACAAAUUUUGUUCUUUUGAACUACAAGAAUCUUGAAAAACACAUUCAAGUGAAACGCCAUUUAUGCUGCGGUGCCCGGGGAGCAGUCUCAAGGGAGACUCGAACCCACAACCUUAGGGUUAGGAGUCAAACUCUCUAACCAUUAUACCACAACUUCCCCCCCUAUUUGAUUAUAGUACUAAGACAUGAUGGAUAUCCAUUUGCUGCAUGAUGAAAUUCCACAAAAGUGCAAUCACAGACGAUUCAUUGUCUGUAUCACGAGAUUCAAACAGUGGUACUUUUCAGAGUUGCUGGAAUUUAAUUUUAUAUCCAUUUAUAUGGGUAAUUGUUCAACGGGAAUUUUGACAGUUUUAUUUAUUUAAUUUUUUUUAGAAGGGAUACGUUGCAAUCUUUUGAUUUCUAUGCCACACACAUUUUUCAGUGACGCAGUAUAAGCUAAUACGCUCCCAUGGUUCUGUGAGAACAACAUCUCCAGUUUUUAACACUGUGAAAUAAUAUGACCAUUCAUAAAGGGCAAAGUGGGCUGUAGAUUUGUAUUUACCAACCUCAAGUGAUUGGCCAUUGCGCUUCAUGUAACUGUCUGUUUACCUAUUGAUAUUUGCUAGAGGUUGAUAUUUUAGCUUUUUAUUUUGAUGUUUUGAAUAAAAAAUAAAUAAAUAAAAAAUCCAUUGAUGGUGAAUGUUCUAUGGCAUGGUAAAUGCUGUAAUUUCUGAGGCCUGUCAUAGAUAUUUUAAAGAUCAGAACUCCACCUGAAAUUCCAAAACUCAAUGGUUAUUUUGCCUUACAAUUAGUACCUUUGUGAAGCAAUGCUUUAAUAUCAAAGUUUGCUGUAUUUAUUAUGCUUUUGUAUAAAUUUCUGUGUAUCUACUGCAUUUAUACUCUCAAACUACUACAAACUGUUUUUUCUCUUAUUGAGAGUGAUGAGAAAAUGUAGUGUAGAAAUUUGACUGGAAUGCACUGUGCAAAUUGCCCCAUGUAUGAACAGCCAGCUUUUUGUAUGCAGAUUUCAAUGCACAGAGUAAGACGACAUCUAACAUUACCAGUGAUUUUAUUUCCUCUGUUCUAAGUCAGACGAUAUUGAAAUGAAGAAAACACUAGUAUGGUCACUGUUGUGUGCCUAUUCAUGUGCAUCAUUUAUUGUAGAGUUAGGAUUUAUAUGCAUGGCUAUAGUUAGCAAUCAUUUCCUUGUAUAAUUGAUAAACAACUGCAUAACUUGUAUUUUAAUACCCCAUUCCAUUCUAGUUUGGACUGUACUAUUGCCAGUUAAUUAGCAGUCUUUAUCUUUGACUUUCCAUUCACAGUUUCAGCUCACAUUAAGUUGUUAUUGAUGGAGCUAGAUUCAAAAAACAAUUAAAUGAUUUAAACUCAGAUUUUAAAAAACAACUAUGAUUUUUUUCCCAGUGAAUAUGGAGUUAUAGAACAUGCAUUUAACUGAUUAUAUUUCACAAAAAAAGACUCGAUUUGAAAGACGGUGAUCCAUUUUGAUCAUACCUGUUUCUCUUUAGAAACUUUGUUAUUCGUGAAUUUAAUGUUUCUUCCAUUAAAAAGAAAAGAAUAAUGCUAUUACUGUGAUUCAUGUUUGCAGAAAUUCACACUAAAUUAAGUGUGACUAAUUUAAACAUUGGUUUCCUGUUAAGCCUGCAGAUGUAUGACUCUUACAUUCGCUCACCUCGUUUUAGAGAAACCGCAAUGAGUCUGGCAAUAUUGUGCUGUAAUACCUGCGUCAUACAAAUCAGUGUCUCCAUCAAUCUUUAGGUAGAUUAUCUGUGGUUCUGUAAUUUAAAAAUAAACCAAAGAGGUACUGAUGUUUCUGUGCUUGAAAUCUUAAUCUAUAAAAAAAUUGGCACAGUUUUUCAUUACAUUCAUUGACCAGAAAAUUGUUUCAGAAGGAGUGCAAAGGGGCAAAAUCAGCCUAUGGUCUGUGUCAACUAUCAUCUCAUAAGGGAAAUAAAAAGAAAUGGGCUGGAGUUUAAUUGAAAAUGUGCUCUCCAAAUGAGAAAAUGCAACACUUCUCUUGUAACACAAUCUAUAAGUCAGUAUCUGUCAGUUCUAUUUGAGUAAACUCAUUAGUGUUCAUUCUCUUCUGCACUUUUAAGACUAAAAUGCGAUUCAAAUAAUAUUUCUGUUCAGUCCUCUCUUUGACUAAGAUUUUUCAAACCUGUUUAUCAUAUUUAUUUUUUUCUUUUAAGUUACUUGAAUAUAUGGGGAAACCUCUGUAGAUAUUUGCGUGUGAUGAACUUGAUUUGGUUUACUAGUAUGUAGUAAAAUAAAACAAAAAUGUACAUGUGA